CAACAAUUUAUUCCCAUCGCUCGGGCUCACUUGGUAUUUUCUGCUGUGUGCACCAUGGCAAAGUCGAGACCCCAGUCGAAACAUUCCCGAGCUGCCCGCCGGGCAGCUUCUCCCAGUCUCGAUCUCGAUAAGUCGUUGACCACCCUCCCUCGCGCGGAAGAAACCACAGUCCAGCGUGAAUCCAUUCUGGCCGAUCGAGCAAAUGCUGGCGUCUCAAAGAAGAAGUCAAAGUCGAAGCCUUUGACUAAGGCGCAGCGCGCGAGGCAGCAGAAAGGAAUGGAGAAAGCAGAAGCGGUCAUGGAUCAGCUCGAGAACAAAGUCAACCGAAGUGUCAACCGUGCCAAAGUUGUCAAAGCUCGUAGGGGCGAAUGGGAGGAUCUGAACCGCAAGGCGUCAAAGACGAUGUUCCAAACUCUUGCCGAUGAGGCCGAUGACCUCGACGACGCCAUGAUGGAUGACUCAGCCCCUGUUAAGAAAAGCAAGCCUGCAAAGCAAGCGAGCUUUGCCGUUCAGAACCCGGUCACCGAUCAGCAUGCCGACAACGAUGAGGAUGACGAGAUCACUUGAACCAGUUGCGCAGGAGAAAGUUUUGGGGUUGCACCAAAUCUUUACUUCCUGGGCCUCAGCUGGUUGAUCAUUCGGUCGAUCUCGGCGGCGGCUGGCCCGGACGCCCGUGUCUGCAGGAGCUCAAGGGCAUUCAGAUUCUUUGCCCGGAAGGCUUCCUCGCCUGCUUUGGCAAUCAUCCCACACUUCACCCACAUUUCCACUUUUUCCUCUGAUGGCAGGUUGGUGCACUUGGGGACAAAUACUGAGGCAAGCUUCGUGUUCCCCGCUCCCAGGAUUUCAUUGUAAAAAGGCUGUUGUGAGUCUGGUGAGUAUAUGCAUGCUUCAAGGGCGCGGGGUCGUGAAUUCGUCUUACCUCCCACCCUAUGGGGGAUUUCUUGAUUUUACCGAUAUCUUCCAGAUCGCCCCAGUCUCGCUUAGCGACUAGAGCUCUCAAUCUC